CAAUAGAUUUUAUUUCUGAUUCUUGGAAUGAGAUAAGCGAUACAACAAUUGUAAAUUGCUGGAAUCAUACUGGAAUUCUUUCUAACCAGCUAUUAAUACCGAUGGAUAUUCAAGAUGAUUCCGAUAAUAAUAUUCAAAGUAUUCAACCUAUUCUUGAUCAGAUAGUUUCUAUAUAUCCUGAUGUAAUGAGUGCUCAGGAAUAUUUAGAAAUUGAGAAUAAUCUUAAGACCGAUGCACUAGAAAAGCCUACUAUUAAUGAUAUUAUUGAUCAUCUGCAGGAAAUAGAUCUUACAAAUAGCAACGAUAAUGAUGAUGAUGAUAUUGAACAAGAAACAAUUAAAAUUAGCAUGAAUACGGAAAUUGAAUAUGGAAAGAAAUUUUUAAUAUUUUUAGAACAACAAGAUGAAAUAAAUGAGAAGGAU